UAGACAUCUCUCUUUCAUUCACAAGGUGAUCCUGAUCCUGCAGGUUUUAGAACUCAGCUGAAAAAUAAUUGCACUCAAAAAAUAAAAGAUGAGUUUGAAUUUCCGCCCUCAAGAUUACACCCAAUGGCACUCACCUUUAGAAACCGUCAGAGACUUCUUCAAUGGUAUCUUGACAACGUUGGACUGGAACAAAAGUAACGGCAAUGACAUCAUCAUGGAUAUCGGCUGUGGACCUGGUGGUACUACGAAAGAUAUCAUCCUGCCUUUCUUUUCUGAAGUGCAAAAAAUAAUCGCUCUAGAUGUAACACCUGGAAUGAUAAAUAUUGCAAAAAAGAAAAAUGCCCAUCCUCGAAUAGAAUACAUAGUAGCUGACAUUUCAGAAUGGAACACUGUUGAAUGCUGGGAAGAGAAAAUAGCGAAAAUAGUCUCCAUUCACUGUUUCCAAUGGGUAAAGUACCAGGAGAAAGCCUUUCAGAAUGCUUAUCGACUUCUCAAACCUAGCGGUGAAGCAGCCUUUUUCUUUGCAAUGGAAGCUUCUUUCUUUGACGUAAUUGAGAGACUGCAGAAUGAUCCGAAAUGGAGCCAGUAUCUGAAAGAGCGCGAUAACCGAAUCCCAGAUUCGCAUUACCGUAAAUGCGGCGCCUCUUAUUUCCAGAAGCUGUUGGAAGGAUUUGGAUUUGAAAUUCUUUAUUGUAAAGAAGAAGAAAAAAUUGAUGCCUGUUCUUCCGAUGAAACCAUUAAAAACUUUUGCUCCUCGCUUUGUGUUUUAGAGCCAUACAUUCCAGAGGAACACAAAGAAGACUUCAAGAAUGACAUAGUGCAAGAACUAGUGAAGAUAAAUGGCCGCACCGACAAUGGCCUCCCUUGUCACAAGGGCAAAAUGCUUGAGGUGAUUGUUAAGAAAAAAUGAUCUUCUAAUUCGCAAUUUUAAAUGUUUGCAACAAUAUGUUAAUCUGAGAAAUGCACUUGAAUCACCCCUUUAAAAAAAUAAGGAUCGUUUUUUUAUAUCCAGUGUAACUUUAUAUUUUUAGUGAGUAAAUUGAAUACAAUUUUAUGCUUAUUAAAAUCUACAAAAAAAAUAAAGUCUCAGGAACUA